AUGGCCACACGAAGCGCAGCUCUCAAGCUCGACUGGGCCAAGGUCACCACCUCGCUCGGCCUGCGCGGCCAGACCGCCGCCUCCCUCCAGGCCUUCAAGCAGCGCAACGAGAUCGCCCGCCGCCGCGUCCAGCAGCUCUCGGAGCUCCCCACGACCGUCGACUUCGCCCACUACCGCUCCGUCCUCAAGAACCAGGCCGUCGUCGACGAGAUCGAGAAGCGCUUCACCGCCUUCAAGCCCGCCACCUACGACGUCAGCCGCCAGAUUAAGGCCAUUGAGGCCUUCGAGGUCGAGGCCGUCAAGAACGCCGAGGCCACCAAGCAGAAGGUCGACCUCGAGCUCAAGGACCUUGAGAAGACCCUGACCAACAUCGAGUCCGCUCGCCCCUUCGAGGACCUCACUGUCGACGACGUCGCCGCCGCCGAGCCCUCGAUCGACGAGAAGACCUCCCAGCUCGUUUCCAAGGGCCGCUGGUCCGUUCCGGGAUACAAGGAGAAGUUCGGCGAUCUCUCGGUGCUAUAG